UUGAACUACUGAACGAAUCAAAAUUUUUAACCCAAAAUUUGAGACUAGCUAUGGAACUGGAGUCGGAUGUGCUUUCGGAUUUGGCAAAAUUGCCGGCAGAGCCGCCUGUAAUGAGAGACAUUUGCUUUACUUGCGAACGACCUCGAACAGUUUGCUAUUGCAGCUUCAUCCCAAGCCCUCCUCUGAACCCCAAAAACCGCAUUAUUGUCUUGCAACAUCCUGCUGAAGAAAAAAGGUGCCUUAGAACUGUCCCUAUUUUACAAUUGGGCCUGGCUGCCGGUAAAUGCCUUAUUUUUAAGGGUAAACACUUUCCAGGCCUUCACGGUGAUUUGAAGAGUAUAUUAAACGCCCAAAGUACCUUAUUACUUUACCCCAGUGCUUCGUCAGUUGAUAUUUACAAUAUUUCAAACCAAACUGAACCACUCAACUUGGUUAUUCUAGAUGGCACUUGGCCACAAGCAAAGGCUAUGUAUUCUUCUAGUCCCGUGCUGCACAAUUUGCGACAAGUUAAACUAUUGAUGGAAAACACGAGCGAUUAUAUAAUAAGGACCCAACCAGCUGAUGGGUGUCUUAGCACACUCGAGACUGCAGCUAUAUGUUUAGCAGUACUUGAAAAUGACAAUUCAUUAAGAGAAAAGCUUUUAAGGCCUUUAAAAGCAAUGUGCGAGUUUCAGCUAAAGAAUGGUGCUGUUUCCCAUCAGAGCAAGGAGUUCUUAAUAAAAAAUAAUUCCUAUCCUAAAUUGGUGGGCAAAAGGUUGAACAAGGUUCUAAAAAAUGCUCACAGAAUAACCAACAAAGACAGCUGAUUGUCCUUAUAAGGAUUUUACAAAAAGACAUUGUUUUUUCAAUUAUAUUUCUCACAAAAUUACAAAAACACUUAAAUAAAAAUGUAUA